AUGUCGCUCGUCAAUCUCGCACACGUCUGUUCACAUCUUUCAAAUGCCAGCAAGGCUCGACUGGCUCUAACGUCUAUCCCGAAUUCGAAUCUGCAUCUCGCACUUUCCAAUGCCCUUGUCGAAGCCGGUUUCUUGUCAUCUGUCGUUCGAGGAGGACCAACACCACCACCACAGCACAUGUUGCUGAAUAUACCUGCAGUCAAUGACGAAUUAGAACCAAUCGAACCUGUGACCCAAGCCAAUAUUGCGUCAAGAAGACUAUGGCUAGGCCUCAAGUACUGGCAGAGCCAGCCAGUUCUCUCCAAACUAUCAAUGGUCAGCAAGCCUACUCGGCGGAUAUACGUGGAUACAGAAGCAUUGCGGGACAUUGUCAGAGGGUCAAAAAGUCGCACCAUCGCUGGGUUGAGGAACCCUGGUGAGUGUUUGUUCCUGAGUACAGAUUGUGGGAUUCUAGAGUCCCGGCAGUGCGUGGAAAAGAAAAUUGGAGGGCUCGUUCUCUGUCGUGCUGUUUAG